AUGACGCUCUGGGCACUUCUUGCCACCCUGGCAGCCUUUCCUGAAGCAGUCCAUUCGGAGGUUGGCGAGCGCCCCAGGGACCAGUUCCUUGAUGAGGUCGAUGAGGUUGGGGAGCAUCUCAUGCUCAUUCAGGUCACCGCUCAGACGCAGAGCAUGAAUGAUACCAUGAAGGAGGUCGUCGACACAUUGAAAGACGAUGUUCAGAAGGUUGCAAACUUUGUCUUUGAGCGUCGGCCCAACCAAACAGGGAGCAACAGUGGGAGUGAAGUGUAUCAAGAACAACUCGGGCUGAAGACCAACAGCAGCUUAGAUGUGGAGACGUUGCGAACCUCAUUUGUGUUCAACUUGCUUCUGAUCCUUACAUAUUUGGUGGCCUUUGCCCUGCUUCAGCAUUUUCAGCCCAUUGUGUAUUUGGACAACAGCCGCCGCGGUCGAUCGCCUGAACCGCGACCUUCCUACUACGGCUGCACGUUGAGCCGGGAUGAGAUUCAGGAAUAUUCCGGCUUGGAUGGGGCACUCUUAGUGGAAUUCUGCCAUCUUGGCAUGAAGAUUUGUGCGUACAUCGGCAUCCCAAUCGCCCUCGUGUGCCUUCCAUCCUACUAUGUCCUCGGGAAACAUCCAGGUGCGUAUGGAGAUCAGUGCCCCAACGCUGUUCAUCACACACCUCGAAGCUCAUUGGAUUUGUUUAGCAUCGCCUCACUCCGGUGUAACCUCACCAUGCGCUGGGCGCUGGCAGUCUUCACUUGGCUGGUCGUAUGGGGUGUCCAGCGGAUGCUUUGGGAUGCGCAGAAGAUCUUCGUGCAGAGGCGCAUCGAGUGGCUCCAGAGGAGGCCCAAACCACAAAGCUCCACGAUCCUCGUCUCCAACAUCCCUCCCCGCUAUCGUUCGGACUCAAAGCUCAAAACGUACUUCGAGCGGCUCUUCCCCGAUGGCACCAUCGAGAGCGUCUACAUCGUGAAGCAUUUGCAUGGUUUGGUUGGUCUCUUGCAGGACUUCGAUGACGCUGAGCAAAAGCUUCAUGAAGCUCACUAUCAGUGGAUGCAGCGCAAUCAGGACCCUGAGAUGAGGCCCAAGAUCACUUUGCAACAAGAGGCCGAGCCGGUGGACAGCAUCGAGCACUACACGCGACUACUGGAGCAUCUCACCCGGCUUGUGGAGACCGAACGGCAACAGAUCAAGAGCGCUGAUGCCUUCACCCAGGAGUCGCUCUGCGGCGCCAGUGGCUUUGUGACCUUCAAAGCCUCGCGCGACGCGGAGAUGGCCUUGCGCCUGCGCUUGGAACCCGAAGGCCACCUCUUCACCAUGAAGUACGCGCCAGCACCCAAAGACGUCGCCUACGAGGAUCUUCUCGCCAGUCCCUGGCAAAGGCAAGUGUCCCAUCUCUUUGGCUAUGUGCUGAUCUUCACCGUUUUCCUCUUGUUCUUCCCCUUCAUCGGCCUGGCGUCGUCCAUCGUGAAUCUGGAGAACUUGGAGCAGAUGGCCUUCAUCAAACAGAUUAUCACCAGCUCGAGCUGGCUCCAAUCAUUUCUUGAAGGUAUUUUUGCCACCCUCUUGCUGUCGCUCUUCAUGAGUUUCCUGCCCACCACUUUGUCUUUCAUCAUUGAUAAGACCUUCACGCUGACCUCCCGGGCUGAGAGCCAGCUCUAUUUGCAAGAGUGGUACUAUUGGUUUCAGGUGAUCUUCGUGUUGCUGGUCACGGCGGUCGGGACCUCUCUGUGGCAACGCUUCAACGAUGUCUUGACCUCACCCAAGGGUGUGCUGUUUGACUUUGCAGGCAGCCUUCCAAAUACGUCUACCUUUUACAUCGACUACGUCAUUUUGCAGUGGUCCGUGACUGUCCUGAAUGUCCUGCGCUAUCAGAACCUUGUCAAGUUCUUGGCAUGGAACACGAUUUGUGAUGAAGAUCGCGCGAAGAACAAGUCCGAACCGGAAGACCAGGACUACUACGGCGUUGGCUCUCGAAGCGCUCGCUUGAGCCUGGUUUUGGCAAUCGGCUUGGUCUUCAGCCUGCUGUCGCCCUUCAUCCUGAUCGUGGUGUUCCUUUUCUUCCUCAUCAACCGCCUAGUCUUCGGUUACUUGUUGGUCUUCGCAGAGCUGCCGAAGCCGGACCUGGGCGGCAUCUUCUGGGCGCAGCAGCUGCGUCAUGUUCACCUCAUCCUGCCGAUCUUCGUUUUGACAAUGAGUGGAUGCAUUUGGGUGGAGCCCUAUGGCGGGCCUGGGAUGUUCUGCUUGCUAAGCUUGGGCAUUUGGGCCUACGAAUAUUCCCGCUGGUCUGACAUUCUAUGGGAAACACUGCCUUUCCGGGCGGUGGUCGAAGGCUGGUUAGCAGACCUGCUUGCCAUGAAAGGAAAAAGUCCAGCAGACCUGUGCCAAAAGAGCGGCGGACCGGGCACUGGAGGACAGUUCAAGUUCGUCGGAAUUUCUCGCAUGUGUCGUCCGCGCGCGGAGCACGGGGGCCUACAGCUUGCCCCGCGUGCUUGGACGGCAGCUUUGCAUGAGUUCAGCAUCAAAUUGAACCACUCCAGAUUUCUGAGCAACGGUAUCAUCAAGGAUGCAGCCAAGCGUGCCGUUUGGCAAUUGGCCCCUGCUGUGCUGGAGCGGUCCAUGCCAGAGUCUGCGAACUUCAACGCGGCCAUCGCAUGCCUUGGAAAGGGGCAGCAAUGGCUGUGGGCACUGGGCGUGCUGGCCGAUAUGCCAUUGGCCAGGGUCGGAUACACAGACAUUUCCUUUGGUGCUGCCAUCAGCGCAAGUCGUGCAGCACCCUGGCGCUGUGCACAAGACCUGUUGCAGGCGGCCACCACGUGCGCUGUGCCCCUGACCCUCAUCUCCCUCAAUGCCGCCAUCACAGCCGUUGAGAAUGCCUGGCAGGUCGCGCUGGCGAUGUUGGCCAGCAUGCCUGCGCAGGCACUCGUUCCAGACCAGAUCAGCUUUAGUGCAGCUAUGACUGCAUGUGGUUCCAGUCGGCAUUGGUUCAUCUCCCUGGACAUGCUCCGGGAGAUGCACGUCGCACACGUGUCUCCUGACGCUAUCUCCUAUAGCUCUGCCAUUCGCGCCUGCCAAAGAGGCCUGCAAUGGGAGGCAGCCUUGGACAUUUUGAGCAUGAUGUACACUCAGCAGUUGCUUCCAGACGCUUUCAGCUUCAGCACAGCCAUCAGCGCAUGCGGUGAACACUGGGAGAAGGCAAUGUUACUCUUUGGAGCCAUGCUGCAGAGCCAGAUCGGGGCAAAUGCAGUGAGCUGCAGUAGUUUGAUUAGUGCGUGUGAGAAGGGGAGGCAAUGGCAAGUGGCCUUGGAGGUUUUGAAGCUGAUGAAAUCCUUGAAAGUGCCAUUCGAAGAGUUCAGCUUUAGCUCCGCGAUCAGUGCCUGUCAAAAGUGUGGCCGCUGGCAAGACGCACUCCACCUGCUGGAUACGAUGCUGCUACUGAACCUGACCCCAAAUGACGUCACCUACAGCGCCGCGAUCAGCGCCUGCGGGCAUACUGGCAGGUGGGGCUCAGCUGUCCUUCUUCUGUCAGAGAUGAAGCAAAGGGUAGUUCGCCCAAGUCUCGCCACCCAGAACGCAUUCCUCACAGCCUUAGGAACUGGGUCCUGGAGCCACGCACUGGACUUCUUCGAGCAGAUAGGACAGCCUGAUGUGGUGUCCUUUUCAGCUGCAAUCAGCGCUUGCGCUUGUGAAGGAGCUGGGCAGUGGCAGCGUGCUCUUCAGCUUCUCUGGAUGAUGCCGUCCGCUUCUGUGGAGGCCAAUGAGAUCUGCUACGGAGCAGCCUUGAGCGCCUGCGAAAAGGGAAGUCAAUGGAUUUGGGCCUUGAACUUACUGGAGGUCAUGGAGAACGAGCAAGUGCCUGUUGAUGAGAUCUCCUGCAACGCGGUCAUGAGCACCUGUGAGGCCGCUGACCAACGAAUUCAGGCAUUGCACCUCCUCCUGAACUCCGAGACCCAACACAGCGGACGCAGCGGAGGGCGCUCAGCCGCCUCGUUCCUGUGGGCGCUCGCCAGGUUGGAGGGAGUGUCGCUCCCCUUCGGGGCCCACGGCUCUCGGCAUCGAGCACUUCAUUGGACGAACCUGGACGGGCACCGCCACGCAGCGAAGGUGGACGAGCCAGAGGUCCUUCAUGCCGCCGUCGUGGAGGCAUUGGAUGGCUGGCUCCAAAGGAUCUUUGGAAGAUUUGCUGGUCCUUAG